CUUACCUCAGUAAAGAUGAUUAAUUUUUCUUGUUUCAACCAAUCCUUCUCUCGUCAAAUUCGCUCGUUUUUUCGUUUCUUCCUCUUCCAUGUCAACCCUUUUUGGAUCCAGCUCAGUUACUUCAUAAUUGUCUCUAUUUUUGGUCAUCUAGCUUUGAUGGUCUCAAAGCCAAGAACUGCUCGGUUUAGGCCUAACGACUCUGACGUGUUCUUCACGUCCGUCUCUGCCACCACAGUUACAAGCAUGUCAACAAUCGAAAUGGAGGUCAUGGAUGGUCUGAAUUUGUAUCAGAAAGUCGUUGGCUCUUUGUUUCAAACUGUGAACUCGCGGCGUACUGGUGAAUCAGUAUUUGGUCUCUCCAGCAUCUCAGCAAUUCUGGUUCUCUUCGUCGUAAUGAUGUAUCUCCCACCAUAUACUACGUGCAUUCCACCAAACGUUCAUGUCCAUGAGGAGUUCCCAAAAAAUGGGAAGCAAAGCCAAAAUCGAAAGAAUACUUUUAUGGAGUGUCUAAUCUUCUCACAACUCUCCUAUCUAGCCAUUUUCAUUAUUCUCAUAUGUAUCACAGAGAGACAGAAAAUGGAAGAAGACCCCCUCAACUUCAAUGUUUUGAACGUCACCAUAGAAGUAAUAAGUGCAUACGGGAAUGUUGGGUUCACCACUAAAUACAGCUGCAAACGGCAAUUGAAACCAGAUAGCCUCUGUGUAGACACAUGGUAUGGAUUCGUGGGAAGGUGAAGUACUAAGGGAAAAUUCAUCCUCAUCAUUGUCAUGUUCUUUGGAAGGCUUAAAAAAUUCAGUAUGAAAGGUGGUCAAGCCUGGGACCUUUCCUAA